AUGCAGAAUGCAGAUCGGCCUGUUUAUGAAUCCCGAGUAUUGAAGAAUACCUACCUGGAAUUGGUAGCCAGAAGCCUGAAAAAGCUAAUCUAUGUCUUCACUGUCAUGGAAAACCUGGCAAUUCUUGCUCUGAUUUUACGAGACCGCAAACUCUGGACACCAAUGUACAUAUUCCUGGGGAACCUUUCCUUCUUAGAGGUUUGGUAUGUCAGUGUUACUCUCCCCAAUGUGUUGGCCAACAUCAUGACAGGAAAUCGGGAGAUAUCCUACUCUGGCUGCAUCACUCAGCUUUUUAUUUUCACCUUUUUGGGGGCUUCUGAAUGUUAUCUUCUGGCCUCCAUGGCCUAUGACCGUUACAUAGCCAUCUGUAAUCCUCUAAGAUACAUUAUCACAAUGCAAGAUAAAUAUGUUUUGCGCCUCCUUAUUGCCUCCUGGCUAACUGGACUCUUCACACCAAUUCUUCCGAUCUCGUUCUUGACACAACUAAACUUCUGUGGACCCAAUGAAGUUGACCAUUACUUUUGUGAUGCUUCGCCACUAAUGAAAUUAGCUUGUGGGAACAUUAAGACGAAAGAAAUUGUAGACUUCAUAGUAUCUCUGUUUGUUCUUAUAAGUUCAAUGCUAGUCAUCUUUGUCUCAUAUUUUUGUAUAACAUUGACAGUUCUGAAAAUUCCUUCUUCUAAAGGCCGUUAUAAAGCAUUCUCCACAUGUACGUCUCACUUGGCCGUAGUUUGUGUCUACUAUGGAAGCAUGAGUUUUACCUACAUCAGGGUCAGAUCAGAUUCUACUGUUUCCACAAACAAGCUUGUAUCUGUCUUAUAUUCUGUUAUAACACCAAUGGUUAACCCCAUAAUUUAUUCCCUAAGAAAUAAGGAUGUAAGACUGGCAUUACAAAAAGCCUUGAGGAAGCCAAAAGUGUCUAAGUUGGGGCUCUAA